GUGUGUGUGUGUGCCGCCUCUGCAAAUAUUGGCCAACAGUUAAUGGCCAUGAAGAAACUCUAUUCAAAGACAUCGUUUACGAGCAAAAAAUCCAAUGCAUCCGUUGCUGUUCAAUCAAAACCCAUACUGGCCUAUCAUCAGGCAGGAGCAGGAGCAGCAGCAUCGGUGGUUAGCCCUUGUGAAUUUCAAGCAAAUGCUCUUCCCCCCGGUGUGGAGCUAAUCAAACGCAGUCAAAGUAUGCAUCAUCGUGUGACACCUGCUGCCGCUGCUGCUGCUGCUAUUCAAAACAAACAAGCGGCUACGGAUUAUUAUAGCCUUGAGGAGUUGCAGGAAUUGGAUUUAUUGGACUAUCGUCAUCCCAUGUAUCAUCAUUAUCAGCAACAGCAACAGGAAUUGCUAUUGAGACAACGUUCUGCCUAUCAUGAGCAUGAACAGUUGGUAUUGCAAUUGCCUAUGGCCAGUCGUCAGUCGACAUCGCCCACCACCCAAACAAUGCCCAUCUAUGAGGCACCACCUCUACACAGUCGCCAUUCAUCGGUCAAUGAUCAGCCGCCGCCGUUACAUGUGGCUACUUCUGCUACUCCUCCAACAUCAUCAUCAUCAUCUUCAUUAUCAACACCAUCAUCAUCGAUAGUUACUACUGUCUCCUACGCUUCCUCUACUAACCCAACACCAACAUCAACUACUACUACUACUACUUCCAUUACUUCUUCGGCUUUAUUUUCCACUCUACGCAAGUGCGUUUCCCCUUCACCGCCAGCAACUACUAAUACCGCCCCACCAUCUGAUACUUUAUCCCAUAACCCCUCGAGACUUGCCUGUUCCAUGUCGUUCUCAAUUAGAACAGCACCAACAAAAAUACAUCAGCAACAUCAAAAUCAUCAACAGCAUCAGCAACAUCUCUAUAGCAACAUAAAUCAUUAUCUACAACACACACAACAACAACAACAACAGCAACAACAACAACGCAUCAACAUCAACAAUUCCCCAUCACAACACCAACAACCACGUCGACAUAAUUCGGUCAAAGAUAAAUUCAUUGGGGGCAUUACAACAAUUUUUGCUGAGCAAAGCAUAAUCGGCGCCCGCGCCUCUGUUAUGGUAUACGAUGAUAACCAAAAGAAAUGGGUGCCCUCGGGCAGCUCAUCGGGAUUGAGUAAAGUGCAGAUCUAUCAUCAUCAACAGAACAAUACAUUCCGUGUGGUUGGACGGAAACUGCAAGAUCAUGAGGUGGUCAUUAAUUGCUCUAUACUGAAGGGUCUUAAAUAUAAUCAGGCCACAGCCACAUUUCAUCAAUGGCGUGAUUCGAAAUUUGUCUAUGGACUAAAUUUCUCUAGUCCGAAUGAUGCAGAGAAUUUUGCACGUGCCAUGAUGCACGCUUUGGAGGUGCUCAGUGGACGAGUGGUUAAUAAUCCAGCUGGCCAGCCCACCAAUGGCAAUGGGUAUGAGGAGGAUAUGGGCUAUCGCACUAUGACCAGCGAGGAUGCAGCCAUAUUGAGGCAAAACAAUGGAAUUGGAACACCAUCGGCACAGACACCCACCUCACAGACCAAUCAGAAUAAUAUACCACAGAGUCCGCCAACGCCGCAGGGACAUCAUCGCACUAGCAGCGCUCCACCGGCUCCGCCGCCACAAUUGGCUGCCAUGUUGCAGCCAGGUGGUCAACCAGGUUCUCAUUAUGGUCUGACAGGGAAUGGUGGACCUACAUCGAAUGGUUUGCCACCACAGGCUGUUCCACCGGCUCCAGGCCAAACUCAACAAGCACAGUAUCCACAGCAACAACAACAACAACAACAGCAGCAACAACAACCACAACAACAACAGCAAACCGUCUAUGCCGCCCAACAGCAGCCACAGCAGCAAUUGGUCCAAGGUGGCUAUGCGCCAUCUCAGUAUCAACAACCCCACUACGUGCUCUCGAAUUCUAAUCCCAAUCUCAAUCUACAUCAAUACCCUCAGCAGCAGCAACAGCAGCAGCAGCAACCCCAUCAGAAUGGAGGAGGACCAGGUGCUGGCAUCUAUGGCGGGCAUAUACCCAGCUCGGCUAGUGCCAAUAGCGUUGUCUAUGCCAGUCAACAGCAAAUGGUCCAGCAGCAACAGCAGCAGCAGCAGGUGCAACAACCACAGCCACCGCAGGCGCCAGCUAUGCCGCCGAGUGCGGGUCCACUUUAUGGCCAGGGACCGAUCCAACAGCAGCAACAACAACAACAGCAGCAGCAGCAAGCAGAGAAUCCCUAUGGUCAAGUGCCGAUGGCUCCACCCAUGAUGCAGCAGCAGCAGCAACAACAACAACAGCAACCACAACAAACUGGAGGUGGAAUUCCGAUGCCACCGCCCAUGAAUAAUACACAAGGCCAAAUUCCACUCAAUCGCAUGAGCAGCCAAGGAGGCGGCGUAGGAGUAGGAGCACCAGCACCUCCCCCACCACCGCCCACAUUUGGUGGUGGUGCACCGCCACCAGCGCCACCACAAAUGUUUAAUGGAAUUCCACCACCGCCGGUUCCGCCAGCCAUGCCAGGAAUGGCACCACCAACGGGUGGAGCAGGAGCACCACCGCCACCUCCACCGCCGCCAGGCAUGGGCGGUGGAGCACCCAAAGGCAAUGAUCCUCAAGCUGAUCUCAUGGGCUCAUUAACCUCACAGUUGCAGCAAUUCAAACUGAAGAAAAAUAAGUCCACCACAUCUGCUCCCGAGAACAGCGGCAGCAGCACUUCAAGUGGAGGCAGCGGCAAUUAUGGCACCAUUGGACGCAGUUCCAAUGGCAUGGCCUCCAUGAUGGAUGAAAUGGCCAAAACGCUGGCCCGACGACGUGCCCAAGCGGAAAAGAAAGAGCCUGAACCCGAGCCUGACAUGAAGAAACGUCCCUGGGAAAAGUCCAAUACUCUGCCCCAUAAGCUAAGCGGCAACGGUGGAGCCAGUGGCAAUGGAACUGGAGGUAAUGCCCAUGGUGGAGCCAAUGGGAGCGGCGGCAACAAUACAACGAAUAGCGGCGGCGAAUCACCACAAUUGAUGCGCAAACGUUUUGGUAGUGCCAGCGAAGAGACCAUACUCAAGGUCAACGGCGAUGGUCUAUCUCUGGCUCUGUCCAAUGGCGAUCUGGAUACCCUCAAGGCUGAAAUUCUACGCGAAAUGCGAGUGGAAAUACAGAAAGUCAAAAAUGAAAUUAUAGAUGCUAUCAAAUCGGAGUUCAAUCGCAGAUAGAUCAAAAUAUUUUAAGACCCAGAAACCCAAUCCCAACAAUCUUUAAAAAAAAAAACUGUCACUGUCGUCUACAGCACUGUCCCAAAGUGAGCGUUGUGCCUGCACACACGAAUUCACCACGAACUGAGUUAGAUCGAAGUAAUUAUAAUUAUAUAUAUAUAUAUAAUAUUAUAUAUUAACACCUAUAUAGAAAAGUGCGCAUCAAAAACAAACAAAAAAAAGAAGCAAAAUAUUUGAAAAAACCAUAAUUUUA